AGCUCUGAUUUUGAGACCUGCAUAAAGUUGACUGGUUUCGGGAAAUACAAUUAUUUGAUACUUAUUGUGUCGCUGAUGGCAUCACUAGCUCAGCAGUUAAGCAUAUCAGCAAUUUCAUACAUUCUACCAUCUGCAGAAUGUGAGCUUCAACUUUCCCCUGAAGACAAAGGGACUCUCAAUGCAACAGGUUACAUUGGAAUGAUUCUGAGUGCAUACGUGUGGGGAUUUUUAUCAGACACAGUUGGCAGACGUAGGCUUCUAGUAUUUGGUUACUUAUUUGAUGGAGUAUGUAACUUGACUGGAAGCUUUGCUGAGAGUUAUUGGUUUCUUUUUGCAUUUAAAUUGCUGAAUGGAGUAAUAAUGUGUGGACCUCUUUCUAUUCAAAGAACAUAUGAAGCAGAGUUCCACAGUGUUAAAUAUAGAGGAAAACAAAUUAUGUUGGCUGGUAUUUUUAUGUCACUUGCUAAUAUUGUGAUACCAGAAAGGAAUUAUAUGGCUGAUAUUACAUUUAGAAUUGUUAUCAGAAAUAUUCAGUGUUACCCUCAAGAUGAUGUGGUUAUCGCUACCCGGUUCGAAUCCCGGCCGGUGACCAGCACACUUGAUUGGAGAAUUGCAUGGCUGAUAUUACCUUUGGAAUGGUCGAUAACAGUUUUUGACAGAAAAAUUCCAAUCUCAUCUUGGAGAUUAUUUAUGGCAUUGAGCUCACUACCAAGCUUUACAACAGCUUGUUUGAUCUACAAAUGCAUGGAGAGUCCCAGAUUCCUUAUGGCAAGUGGCCAAAAUGAUGAGGCUCUCAAGACUUUCAAAAUAAUUUAUAGCCAUAAUACAGGAAAUAACCCAGACAUGUAUGCAGUCAGAAGCAUUUCAAAUCAAAUACAUCCAUCUCAGCCACCAACUAGCAGCAUAAACUUGAAGAAAAGUCUGUUAUCCAUCAUGAAAAUUUGUUGGCAACAAGCAAAGCCUCUGUUCAUUCCUCCUCACAGCAAAAAUACAGCUGUUACAUUUAUGAUGCAAUUUACAACUUUAUAUGGUUUUAACACAAUACGUUUGUGGUUGCCACAAAUGCUCACAUCUGUGCAGGAGCACCUAUCACAGCAAGAAAUGACCCACAGUUCUCCAGUAAUAAAAAGCAUAUGUGAAAUUUUGCAAAUAACAAUGUCUACAAAUGUAACUGAGGAUAUCUCUGAACCCGAGGUCCACUGUGUUUUUAAAACAGCUGACAAUACAGUUUAUGUCAACAGUAUGAUGGUGGGGAUUGCACAAGGAAUUGCAUUUUUAUUUGCAGCUUGCUCCAUCAGUAUUGUUGGAAAAAAGAUGAUUAUGGUUACAGGUUAUGCUGUUGGAGGCUGCAGUGCAUUAGCUUUGUUGUGGUCUCACAAUUCUGACAUGACAAUCAUAUUUUCGGCCAUUUACAUAGCAUUACUUGCUGUUAGUCAUACUGUCAGCAUGGCAGUGGUCAUAGAUGCCUUCCCCACAUCUCUCAGGAAUACAGCUGUAAGUUUAUCUCUCAUGUUUGGUCAGCUCGGAACAAUUAUAGGGAACACAGCAUUUCCAGUUCUUCUGAGGAUGACUUGUUCCACUCCAUUUAUUAUUAUAAGCUUCAUGACAAUGGUGAACGCUGGUCUGACUAUGUUCCUGCCAGAAACAGUCUGUGCAUCAUAGAUAUCAACAUAAUUCAGAAACAAGCAGUGUAAAAUUAAAAUUAAUGUUUCAGUAAGUGGGUGAAAAUAUUACUUGCGUGGAUGAGGCCCAAUACAUCAAGUAAUGCUUGCAUGAAUAAAACUGAGCUGAGGCUCAUACUUCAAAAAUGUUUGAGAAACUGAAAAACUACCUCUACUCUAGUAGAAGUUGAAAUUUGUGCUGCAGCAUAGUGUGUUUGCUUGCGUGAUCAGUAAGUUGUGAUCAGUGUUAAGAUUAGGUCAUGCAAAUGAGGUGUUGUGACUGGAAGACAUAGUUUGCAUUUUACAGUACUUAAGGGGCAUUGUGCCCAGGUUAUCAUUGUCUUACAUGCUUGUUUAUGAAGAAUAAAAUUCUAGUCAAUAGUAUAUAGACAUACACUAGUAAUUAUGUUGAAUGAAUAAUAAAAUCAAAAUAUCAAUACUUUUAGUUAUAUUAAGUACCUUUGUACAGAUCAUCUACAGGUUUUGCUAUAUUUUUUUUAAAGUAUAUUGAGACGAGAUGGAUGAAUGAUGAUAUC